UUACGCAACAACGAUAGUCGUGACGUCACGCUCCAGUCGGAAGUUCCAGCGCAGCAGCAGUGAACGCCGAGUUUAACCCGCUUUAGUGUAAACAGCCAGAACAUGGACGACGACGUGUUAACGACUUUGAAGAUUUUAAUUAUCGGUGAGAGUGGUGUGGGUAAAUCAAGUUUGCUCCUGCGCUUCACAGAUGACACAUUUGACCCAGAAUUAGCUGCGACCAUUGGUGUGGACUUUAAAGUGAAAACUAUUGCAAUAGAUGGCAACAGAGCAAAGCUGGCCAUAUGGGACACGGCCGGUCAGGAGAGGUUCAGAACUCUAACACCAAGCUACUACAGAGGAGCCCAGGGUGUCAUUUUGGUAUAUGAUGUUACAAAGCGGGACACAUUCACAAAGCUGGAGAACUGGCUUAAUGAGCUGGAGACAUACUGUACACGCAAUGACCUGGUUAAAAUGCUAGUUGGGAACAAAAUUGACAAGGACAACCGUGAAGUAGACCGGAACGAAGGCUUGAAGUUUGCACGAAAACACUCUAUGCUUUUUAUUGAGGCUAGCGCAAAGACGCGGGAUGGAGUUCAGUGUGCCUUUGAAGAACUGGUUGAAAAGAUCCUGCAGACGCCGGGGCUCUGGGAGAGCAGCAUCCAGAACCACGGUGUCCAGCUGUCCGAUCAUGAACAGCAGCGUCAGGGUGCCUGUGGGGGUUACUGCUCCCUGGUUUAACAUCCUCACCUCGAACCAAGAACCACAAACUGAGAUGGAAAGCACCGUUUUCUUCCUUCUGUAUGAGAGCUUCCUCUGAGGGAGAAUGGUCUGCUCCCUUAGAGCUGGUCAAAGGGACCUUUGCAGUUUGCACACACUCUCUGUCACUCAAUGUUGUUUUAUUCUGUCCCAGGAUUCUGUCAUGUUAUUCUCGAUUAAUGUAUCACAGUGCUACAUUACCUGUAGCCAAUGUAAACCGUUAUUAUGCAAAAUAAGUCCUUUUGAAGAUAACACUGAGCAUGUUGAAAUAUGCCAGAUAUAAUGCUCUCUCCCCCACCCCCAGCAGAACGGCAGAGUUGACACGCUUCCCCCUCAAUGGGAGCGCCGCCUUUGACCUGAUGUGUGUAGGCCAAUAGGAUUCUAGGAGGGGAGGGGCCGAGGAUCGGCAGGAUCAACAUGGAUGUUAUCAAAUGUCCUUUGUACCUGUAUUACAUUUGAUCUGCUUAACACAUUCUCUGCUGCUCUCAUUUUAAUCUCCAGCUUUUUAUUUCAAUUUCAUAUUCCCAUGUUAUUUGUAUAAUAUUUGGCCUUGGAGACAUAUUGCUUCGCAUGAUUCUACCAUCUUGAAGAGUUUGAAUUAUUUUGUAAAUAAUACGUCUUCAUUAGCUGUUCUGAAUCAUAAUUCACAGUAAUCUAUGCUCUCAUGCGUUGAGAUACAUUAAGCAUGUUUAAAUAAUGUAAUCUAUGAUGACUUUUGUCUGAAUAACACAUGAGAUGAUCCAUUUUACUCCACUGUGUUUUAAUCUUUGACUCAAUUUUUGUUUUCUAUUUAAAUGUGAAUGGAUACCAAAAAUAACUUCUAUAUUCAAGGUCAUUCAUCACGAAGCCAUCUUCUGACUUGAUAUUGAUUCUUUUCUCACAGUGACUUGAAAUGGAAGAUUUGGUCAUGCCUUAAUAUGUAUUAGAUCUGCAUGUGAAACAUGAUCUUCACUACAGGCUUUCACUGUGAAUCUGGAGAGAGAGAGAGAGUGUGUGUGUUAUUGUAGCCAGUCAAAAUGGCCAAUGGUACAUGGGUAAAGUGGUCAUUUAAUUUAAUUAUAUACACAUCUUGGUCAUAAGGUAUGAGUAUUAAUAUGUUUGACUUAUUCCUGUGUGUUUGUUCUGCUGCUGAGAGACUUAUUCAGUCAGGAAGAAUGGCUUAUGACUUCCUGUAGCCGCAAAACCAUACACUAACCAACACCCUAAUUAGGAUUUCUUACCAUUUAUGGGUAUUAAAUUCACAUACAGCAGUUCUGUUUCCAUAAAUUCUUCAUUCUCAGUUUUGUAGAUGCUUUCUUUCAUUUUGGCUGUUGUCCUUCAACAGCGAUGUUCUAGUCUAUGCCAUUUUCCGCGAUGGAUUGGAAAAUUAGGAGAAAUUAUAUCUUACCUUUUUGCAUUAAAAUGUCUAACUUGCAAAAGUGUUUAUACCCUGAACUGCCACAGCAUAGUGUCUUGUUAAAGUCUGUGUGAAUGUCUGUUUAAAAUGAUAUAUUAAGUAUUAGUAUGUAAAUUGUAGUAAAUUAACUCCAGAUGGGCAUGUAGAUGGUCUGAAGAUCACAGAGGCAGGAAAUUGAUACCUAUAGCUCCAUAUUGUCUGAACAGGCCAUAUAUUGUGAAACAUUUCUAUAAUGUGCUCUACAUACACAGACUCUGGAAUAUACAAUGAACAUGCUAAUCACAACAAAUGUCAUGCAUUUUCAAACUGAAGUGGCACCUCGGGUCAUGUAAUGAAACCGUAGGCCUAACAGACAUAAUUCUCUCAUUUCA